AUGGAUAUGAUCCUUGCCAUUGUGGGUGGCGUGGGGCUCUACCUCCUGCUACUGCUACUCCCCUGCUUCAAGGAAAAUCCAUCCUCACCAACACCUGAGAGAAAGAACAAACUGACGAAGUAUUCUGUGGAGAAAAGAGGCCAGAUCAAGUGCAAGAAGAAACGAGCUGCUCUGAAAGGUAGGCUCCGCACUUUCUCCCAAGGGGAUUUGAUCUCGGUCUCUGUCAGCAAGAGCCAGGCCACCAAUGCCCUAGGGAAACUCGAUGACACUGGAAGCUUUCAGCGUUUCUUAAAAGGAGAUGCCUUAGGUGAAGUUUUCAACUCAGAAUCUGCUACAGCCCACCCGUCAGCGAGGGACUCUGAGGAGGACACUUUCUCCAGCACAGUGUCCCUGAAGGCUUCCCCAUCUCCUUCACCCCAGGGCUUGCAGCCUCUGGCCUCUACCUUGUCACCAGUCCACAUGGGUUCCUCAGUUUCUGUUGAGUCACACUCAUCCCAGAGUGUGUCUCAGCCUCCGGAGCCGUCGAUUGCUCUAGGAGAAGGGUCUUUUCCCUGUUCUCAUUUUCCUCCACCUGUGGCCUGCACUCCACCCAGGCACGACUCACACUCGGGUCUUCCCCCAUGUGACAUCAGGGAAGUCCCACCAGAAACCACCCCACAGAGCUCUCCAACCAACAGCUCUAGGGUGCCUUCUCCUAUUCCAGCCCUCAACUCUGAUCUCCUGGAUUUUCCAGACAGAGUGAAUAGUAAGAGAGAAAAGCUGAAAUCAGCUUGUCAGGAAAAAGAACACCCUCUGGAUUCUCGGGGGAACACGAUGAAGUCACUAGGCAGUGCACAAGACACUGCCAUCCCUCAGCCCCUCUGGAACAGCGAGGGAAAACCACAGCAGCUUCCUGAAUCUCAGGAGCUGUUCUUCCCCAUGGUCUUGCAGAAAUGCUGCCAACUGUUCUGGGGCCUUCCCUUCCUGCACAGCGAGUCCCUGGUGGCUCCUGUCCAAAUGUCUGGUCAUCCACUAGACUUACCUUCUGUUUUAUUCAAUAGUUUCUCACACUUAGUGCCGGUACAAGUCCAAGCUAACGUACCUCCACCGUACUUUCUACAGCAGCCCUUACUGCAUCAUUUGGUCAAAUCACAACCCUUCACUCCAACUUUACCCUGGCCUCAGCCUUCCGCAGUGGCUGAGAUCCAGGCCUAUGCCCAUGACACGUUCUCUACACCAAUCCAAUCUUGUCCUUCACCUCCAGUGACGUCCUCUACUAUCCCACCUAUUGUUCAACAGCUAGAACAUCAUCUCGAGAAGAAACACCUAGAAUGUCAUAGAAUUUUACCUUCUGUGGUCAAACAGUCUCACAAAACCUUUAGUCAAGAUCAGGGCACCUGGAACCAGAGAGGCUCUAGCAACCAUUCAGAUGAGCUUGGCAGCCUUGAGAUGAGGGAAAAGCUGGAACAUCACCUCCAAGAGAGGCUCCUACAGCACCUCUGUAAAACAACCGGCAAGACCCAGCUGCCCCCUGAGAAUUUCACAGGAGCAGAUCAGACAGACCACAAACAUAAGUCUUUACAGAACUCUACAUCUAUAGAUAAUUGCUACCAGACUACUCAGAAAGCAGCCUCCGAGUACCCAGUACCCCAGCAAUGGGAGAACUCUAGAAAGGACCAGCAAUACUCUGUGAGCACAGUGAGAGCUCUAGACAGGGAUGCAGAAAGCUGCUCAGGGGAUUUUCUAGAGGCUAAAAUACAAAGCAAAGUAGAAAGUGACUUGAUGAGUCCAGGUAGUGAUUCAGGAUAUUUUCCCCCAACUCAUUCAAAUAACUAUCUAGGAGAAACCCUAAUAACCCAUCUCGCCACUAAAUGGGAGCAGAUCAAUAGGGACAGGGUCCCUAUGUAUGUUAGUCGUUCCCGGGGCAUGAUGGGUCAUGCCUUGGCCCCCCUUGAAAACUCCAAUUCUAGCAAGAACACUGGCGGAGAACCACCGUUGGAAACUAGGGAAACCUGCAAGAGCUCCUCCCAGGAGGUUUCCCACAUUGAUGCUGCCACUCGACAGCUGCUAGAUGUGCAUAUCAAGAAGCUUUGGGCAAAGCACCAGUGGAGCUUGUGCCUAAAGGUUCUCAAACUGAUAAAUAUCCUUACUAUGAAAAAUGUGCCCCCUGUGCCAACUUCACAGGGAGCUUCUCCCUACAUGGCCAACCACACAGUGAAGGAAGGUGCAUGCCAGAGAGAAGCCCUUCCCAAAGAACAAAAAGAGAGAGAGAAAACUGAAGGCCAUACCAUACAACCUUCUCAACCACCUUCACGACCUGAAAUCCGGAGGGGAACACAGUAUAAUAACUGUGGUCCCUUGGAGGUCUCUCCAACUAGAAAGGAAGGUAGACUGCUUUCUAAGACUCAAUCUUGUAUCCUAGUAGGAAGAAAUUGGCACGAUGACAUUGUGCCAAGAUCAGAGGGAAGCAGUAUAGAAUCAACUAAAAGCCAAGCAAUCAGCAUGUCUUUGACACAAGAGAAAGAAAACCUCUGCCACAGUGUGUCCAUCCAAGAGGUCUUUGCUCCACCCAAAUCUGAGAGCACAGAUCUCACAGAAAUGGAUGAGGAUGAAGAGAAACAGCCCAGUAACAUGGAUUUCAAUAACUUGAACCUCAGAAAUUCAGAACUGAGGACCAAACAAACACCAUGCUCCUCGAGAAUUUCAAUUUCUAAUCACCCAAGAGAAGAACAGGCAGGGUCAAGUACAAGCGAAAGCACUGCUUUUGAUGAUAUCCUGCAGGACUACAAUGUUAACGCAUUCCUGCAAGAUGGUGGCCCUGAGGUACUGAUUGCUGACGACAUGUUAGCUUCCCAGAGUUCUCUGACUAGCUCACAGAACCUUUCUGGAAGCAGCACAUCCACUUUCUAUAAGCCACGCACUCCCUUAUCAAGGAGAGGGCACAUCACGAAGCAAGAACCUAAGACAUCUAAACUCCAGCAGCCAUGGUACAGCAAAAUGUUUCAGGGUCCUGACGCAACACAGAGCAGUGAGAGGCCCAAAGCUACAACACAGAAGGCAAAGCCUGCAGGAAUGAGGCCCUCACAAGGCUGGAAGCUGAACUCUCCUGCCCAGGUCAGGAAAACAAGAACUGUGAGGAAGAAUUCCGUACCUGUGUCCGAGAAAGCACAGUAUCCCCCAGAGUCUCAGUUCGGAAACCGGAUAAAGAAGUUUUUUAUGUCCAUUUUUUCUAUAAAAGAGAAUAGUCAGGCAAACUCACUGCCAAAUUCAAAAAUCCAGUCAGCCAAUAGCAAGAACCAAGACUUAACAACAAGCAGAAUCCAAGACGGUGGAGGGCCUGAAGCCCAGACACUCGAGAACACCAUUGGGCGAAUCCUAGAAGAAGAAAUUCACCUUAGGCCUUCUGCCUCCAACAAAACUUUCCACAAAGAAUUUCAAGCCCUCACAGAUAGACAUUCCCACUCCCACAUGGCUCCUCCUUACCAAGGAGGCGGCCAAAUGAAGACCAGCAGGAGCUACUAUCAUUUCAGACAAGCUUUGAUAUUCGAUAAGUUAUAUCAAUAUUGA